CGAAUUCUCAGAAAAAUGAAGAAGAAACGUCGCGUCCCGGUGGUCCUCUGGCGGCUCUUCCACAACCGAGCCCGCACUCUCACCUCCUUACUCCCUCCCCCUCCUCCUCAUUCCCCAAAACCCCAAUGUCGUUUCUGCCAGGGCCGCCGUUGCCUCCGCUGCUCCACCGGCCCCGACGCCAUGUCCUUUCUCCUCCGACCCAACGAUCCCUCCGAUUAACGCUCUCUUCUCCACGACUGCUUCGUCGUCGUCUCCGAAAACGCCCCCACCCUCACUCGCUUCUCUCCUGAAUCUCACUGGUCCCAAAUUGAGAUUGUUAGAGCAGUGAUCGAAUCGACAAUGCUGGAGCAAUCGGUGUCUUCCAAUGUGAUAUGCAGUAAUUAUGAUAUGUGUGAUGAGUCGAGCGCCAUUUUGGAGCUUCUGACUUCUCCGGCUUGGUGUCGUCUGUUGGAGAGGGUUGGGGACGGUCUUAUGGUUUAUUUACUGAGAAACGCGUCGAUAUUUUUGUGAUUUGCGGAUGAGAAGCAUCAGCAGGUGGCAGGUCUUCCCAUUAGUAACUUAUGUCGUAAGAGGUUCAAGUGCACACCAAAUUCAAAUUGGCAACCGUCCCUGGCUCCAUGUGGACCCCCACGAAAGAGGAAAAGGGAUGAUAACGUCCACUCAGUGUCAAAGAAAAAGCAGCUCAUGAGUUCAGUUGGCAUUGGAGAAAGCUGGAGUUCUGCUACCUGUAAUGGCUGCUGCAACAGUAGUGACAAUUUUAGGAUUAUCAGUCAUAUUAGUUUUUCUGAAGCAUCCACACCAGUAGCCAGCACACCAACCAAUGAUUAUAAAGGGAAUUUAAAUCAGGAACUUACAAAUAGUUUCGGAAAGCUAAGAAAGCGUUCAAGACCAUUUCGUUGGUACCGUUGCAGGAAACACAGACAAUUAUGUACUCAAGAAACUGUUUUUAAGAGUGUUCUUAGAACUACUGUCAAUGAUAAACAAUGGUUACCUGGCAGGCUUUUUCCAUCCUUGAAGCCCAGAUUUGGUCAAUAUUUUGAACAGUGCUAUUGCUUGCGGUUCCAAGUUGCCCAAAAGAUCUCCAAAAAUUCUCAGAUAGACCGGAAAUCCUUGUUCUUCAACUCAGAACAUACUUCAUCAAUCUUUCUUAGAAAGCAUGUGCUGAAUUCUGUAAAGCCUGAUUCUGUUGGUUGAGAGUUUCUUGUUAGGAGUAUUUUUGGUAUAUAUGACACAAAAAGUGCACGGUCAAAGACGAGUCCCAAUAGCUGUUGUCAUUGUCUCACAGGUUCUGCAUGCCUGUAUCAUUCACUUGUUAGGUUGCUUAAAAGUCUCAUACGUAGAGCACAGUACGGUCAGCACCUGAGAAUAUUGGAAAAGAAUUGUGUUACAACUGUAAAUCCGAACACAACAAUAAACAGUGGUUGCAUCUUUGAGGGAGAAAAGUGGGAGCACUGUGUGCACAAGAAAUCUCAGUAUUGUACUGCCGACCAUUGCAGUAAAUCUCCUGAAGUGAGUGAAUCUUUCACUGAUGAAAAAUCUUACUGCUUGAACAGUCAGGUUGAGUCGUUCAUAUGGGCUGCUUGUAGGAGUAUUGUUCCUCCCGAAUUGCUAGGAACUCCUUCAAAUCGGAGAAUUUUGAGGAGAACUAUUUCAAAGUUCAUUCAGCUUAGAAGAUUUGAAUGGUUGUCUUUAAAACAAUGUCUGCAUAAAUUGAAAGUGUCUAGGUUCCCAUUUCUAUCCAAUAAACACAAUUUCUGCUGUCUGAAUAAGGAGGCACCAAAAUAUGUGGAUGGAAAAGGUGUAGACACUGAAAAGGGAGCCAGUACAUUGAAUGAUGCCAUACAUGUUGCUAACGUAAAAUUGUUAGAAAGUUGGAUUUAUUGGCUCUUUUCAUCUGUAGUUGUGCCAUUGUAGCAAGCCAACUUCUAUGUCACUGGAAGUGAGCAUGGCAAGCAAGAUGUCUAUUACUAUCGAAAGUCAGUUUGGGAGAAGAUGAAGAACAAGACCAUCAUGACUUGCAUGGAUCAGAGCUAUCGAUAUCUGGAUGAUGCGACAACUAGAAGAAUUAUAAGGAAACGAUCAUUUGGGUUCAAACUCCGGAUUUGUCCAAAAGAGUCUGGAGUGAGGUUGCUAGCAAAUUUAAGAACAUCAUCCAAACUGUUUGGGAAAGAGCUAUGCUUAGCAGAUCAGUCUAAUGGAAUAUUUAGAGGAAAGAAACUGCAUCGGAGAAAGGUCAGAUUUGAGUAUUUCAAGUCCGUGAAUCAUGUUCUUCGUGAUACCCAUGUUGUUUUAAAAGAUAUGCAGAUGAAAGAACCAGGGAAAUUAGGAUCGUCUGUGUUUGAUUACAAUGAUGUAUACAGAAAGUUAUGCCCGUUUCUAGUUGAUAUGAAGCGUGGAUUCAGUACAACACCUGAUGUCUUUAUCAUUGUCUCUGAUGUAUCAAAAGCCUUUAAUUCUGUUAACCAGGAUAAGCUGUUUGGUGUUGUGAAAGAUGUUAUAAGAGCAGAUGAAUAUAUUAUCCAGCAAUCUCAUUAUGUCAUUUUCAAGAAGGGAUCAUUAAGGGUUCAUGAGAACCGUGCAUGUCUCGAUCAAAAUACCGGCUCAAUUUUCAAAUCUAAAUUUUGUAGUGUUCUUGUUAAUCAGGAGUGUAGCUGGCCAGUGAAGAAGAAGGAACUACUUUUUAUUCUAAAUGAACAUGUGAAGCGUAAUGUGCUGCAGUUGGAUAAAAAGUUCUAUUUGCAACAUACUGGUAUUCCUCAAGGAAGCGUUCUGUCAGCUUUGCUCUGCUCAUUAUACUAUGGACAUCUGGAUCAGAAUGUGAUCUUUCCAUUUCUUGAAAGAACUUGGGAACCUUCUACUACAGAUUUAUCAGGAGGACAUAAUUUUCGAGUUCCUUCUGCUGCACAGUGCAGUAGUGAGGAAGUCUCCUCAUCCUCUAGAUACACUCUGCUUAGAUUUAUUGAUGAUUUUCUUUUCAUUUCAACCUCAAAGGCGCAGGCUGCUAGUUUCAUCUCAAGGUUGCAAUGAGAAUUUUGGGAUCACAACUGUUAUAUGAAUGAGAAAAAAUUCUGUAUGAAUUUUGAUAUUGGAAACAUGGCAAGUUUGCCAUCAAACAGGAUCUACACUGGUGAUGAUGGCAUUUUAUUUAUGAGAUGGAGUGGCUUGCUCAUCAAUUCUUGCACACUUGAAGUUCAGGCAGACUAUACAAAGUACUUGAAAAACCACUUAAAUGUGAGAUCUCUCAUCUCCAAUACUCUCACAGUCUUCUACCAAGGCAAACUUAGUUGCCAUUUGAAGGGAAAGUUGCUUGACUACAUGAGACCUAAAUGUCAUCCUUUAUUCUUUGAUUCCCACAUCAAUUCAGCAUCUGUGGUGAGACUGAAUAUCUACCAAGCCUUCUUGUUAUGUGCAAUGAAGUUCCAUUGUUACAUCCGAGCCUUAUCAUAUAUCUGCAAAUUUCACUUUAGAUUCUACUCCUGCAUUAUCCAGAGAUCUUUGAGGAUCAUGCACAAGCUCAUAAAGAAAAGGAUGUGUUCGUUGUAUACUGGCUCUAACGUAUGCCCAAUUCUUCAAUUGGGGAAGGGGGAAGUUGAAUGGCUUGGUUUAUAUGCUUUUAUCCAAGUAUUAGAAAGAAAACAAUCACGGUAUAAGAAGUUGCUCUCCUUAUUGAAGCUAAAGUUGUCAAACCAUAAGAUAAAUGGCUCUGAGUCUUCUGAGCUGAGUUAUGCAGUUGAUAGAUCACAUUCCUCUGUAUUUUGGAAAAUCAAGUAUUAG